AUGACGACUCGAUUCACAGCCGCCGAGUUGAAGCGGUUCCGCGCUUUUCUCAACGCCGCUAUUGAUCGCGAAGAACAGGGCCCUUCCUCUGACGCUAAUGCCCUCAAGCAGCAACACUGGGACGAGCUACGCACGCACCUCGGGGUUAACGGCAUGUCCACGGGUCUCCAACACCUCGAUCAACUCGUUGAGGACAUUGUCCAAGGCAAGUCGAACGUCAGCCUGCAGGGUCCAGUAGUGGUUUUGCCAGCCGCGCCCGGCGUUCCAAGUGCAGCACCCGCGGCCGCGCUUUCUACGAAAUCUUCGGCCAAGAAACCCGCGACGUCCUCCAAGAAGACCUCUAAACGGAAGGCUAGCGCAGAUGACACUGUCACCAAGUCGUCCGCUAAGAAGCCUCGGUCUACCAAGAAGUUGACAGCCUCGACGCUUCCCUCGUAUGACUUCGCUAAGUUACUAGAGGUGAAUCCCAGCGCUCCUCGAGUCGUACGAACCGCUAUCGCUAUCGUCCUCCACAAGGCUGAAGAAGCCGGCAAGACUCCCUGGCGUUUGGCGUACCCAUGGUCGGGUCGACCCCUCUGCUCACUGGCGGUUCUGGAUGACUCACCGGCGUGCUUUCUGGGAGUGGGCGUUCCACGUCCCUCUCGAAUCAAGCUCAGCUCAAUCCUAUCGCCGCAAGCUGAAGAUGCGAGCCACUCUCUCGCUCGUCUGUCCUUCACGAGCCUUUGCAUCGAGACCUGGGGCUUCUACGCGUUCCUCGAGAAGCUGGAGAAGCGUCCUGAAAUGUCCUGGCUCGGAGGCCAGCCUGGCAAGUCUCCACGCGGAGGUCGACAGCCCCAAGGACCCAUCGCCGAGGAUCUCGCUGUCCUCCACGACAAAGAUCAGGCCCGAUACGAGGCCACGCUCGAGAAUGCCCUCAAUCCGGCGAAGGUAGACGCUUAUGGGUAUCCGCAAGUGCUCUCCUUCCUCGAGUUCACCAAAGCCCUGAAUCCCAAGGCCAUCGCGAAGAACCGUCUCUCCAUGACUGCACUAGCACGCAUUCGGCAGGAUCUCACGUCCAAAACCAAACUCAAGACGUCCAACAACGGCGUCAAGCAACGCCAACUCGACGUUAUGGCCCAAAUGGCCGAUCGAACGUACGAACUCCCCUCCGUUAAUCCUCCAACCCAGAAGGAACUCGACCGCGAAGACUGGUCCGACUUUGAGGACGCAGGGAACUACGACGAUUAA